AUGACAUCCGAAGCCGGUCCUUCUAGGCUUCCUAUCCUCUCUCCUCUCGAGAUUCCGAGCAAUCCUGAUGUUAUCUCGAGACCUAGAGCAAAUUCGAAACCAAAGCCUAGAUCAGCAGUUGAUCCCGUUCUUCGCAAUGCAUUAAGAUAUACCAUCUCGGCUCGCGAGUACGAGACACUUCACAAAUAUGUUCUAUCGCGGUCGCGUCUCUUGAGGAAGAGAAUUCCGAGUGUGAAUGCUGUCGAGAGGUAUAUGGAUGGCGGUAGGGGGGGAUCCGUAUCAGAUCGUGAUGCGGGUAGAGGUAAAGGAAAAGAGAAUGCUGCAAACAGAGGCAUCGGCAGGGGAGAUACGUAUAAUGCGCGUACCAUCAGAGAUGUUUUACGUGUCUUCGUCGCAACCGGAUUAGGGAUGAGAACCUACGAGAUUAUAUUAGCAAGGGUAAAAGGACAGAAAGGAUCUGCUACGCCAAAGAAGCAGCCAUUCUAUAAGUCUUCCGGCCUCCGACUGUCACUGUCUCUAUCUACCAUAUUGCUUCUAUACCGCCUCUUAUUCCGCUUCCUAAGUCGAUUGCGGGCUCAUCUACUAGACGCAUCAGCAGCACCAUUCCGUAAUCGUAAUCCGAAGACCUACCAGAUGUUGACAUCGCCAUAUGCACCAGCAGUUGGGGCCAGUCUAGCCGGAAUAGCCCUGGGCAUAUAUCCUUCGCAGCAGUUACGAGUGACAGUGGCCAUCGCAGCCAUUUUCCGCGCUCUCGAAUUUGGCUGGAAUCUGUGCGAGGAUCAGGGUAUGAUAUGGGGCUGGAAGACUCGAGCUGGUGGGAAAGGAGUCGUCAAACGAGAGCGGCCGUGGUGGUGGGGAAGCUGGAUGCUCCAGCCCUUUGCUUUCGGACAGCUCUUACACGCCGUCGUCUUCGACCGAGAGUCUUCUCCGAUCGGUCUCAUCGACUUCAUUUGGAAGAAUACCUCCACCUAUCUCCAUAACGCGCCGGAGAAUCUCCCUGUUGGCAUCAGAUGGCCAGAUGCUUGGGAGAUUACUGACAACCUAGCCCGGAUGGCUAAGCUUAAUUGGCCGCCGUUCGUCUCGCCGACCUUAUUCCCUGACCAACCAACCCUGCCUUCAUCGCUAACCGCGGUUGCUCCUCUAACAGCACGAGCUCAUCCUCUCAUCACCUCUCUCAGCUGCGCCACCCUGCACCCUUCCGAUCCUUCGUGUCUCCGCACUUAUCUCGCCUUCUGGGUGCGCUCGUUUCCGCGCAUGGGCCGUUUCUUCCUUCUCUUCUACUCCGUACUCAUGCUGCCACGCUACAAACUUUUGUACAACUCGCCGCUAUACCUCCUAAACCGCCUGUUAUCGAGGGUGCUGCGUGUUUCGACAUUUGCGACAGGCGCCAUCUCCACGGCAUGGGCUAGCAUCUGCUUCUUCCAAGCUUGGUUCCCGCGCACGUUCCUGCCGACCCAGCGGUUUUUCUUGGGCGGAUUCCUCGCAGGUCUCUGGGCUUGGGUAGAACGAAAGGAGGGCCGGGGCGUGUUCCUAUACAGCGCGCGAGCGAGCGUGGAUUCGUUGUGGAAGGUGGGCGUCAAGCGUCGCUGGUGGCGCGCCAUGAAGGGAGGGGACGUGUGGGUAUUCGUGUUGGCGCUUGCUAUCACGGGCGCCGUGUACGAAAGGGAUGCGCGGGCCAUCCGCGAGAGCCGAGUGCGAAAAGGGCUCAGUUGGAUUCGUGGUACGGAGUUUACAGACUGGGGGCUCGAGGACGAAGAUGAGGCAGGGGAAGAUCCUAAUAAGGAAGAAUAA